GCGACGAGGCCUGUUUCAGCAUCUUCCCUGCCUCCUCCGUCUUUUUAUUUCGAGCUGCAGCCCGGAGCGAACCAUCACCCCAAGAACCUCGUCUUCUUCCCCCUUUCACGGUGUUAUUUGCAAUCCAGUUCGGAAGACUUGUUGAACCGGCACCGAGUGCGAUGCUGAGGCUUAUCUUCCUGGCCGCGCUUGCCGGGUUCUCCCGAGCCAGCGACGUGCUCGAAUUCACCGACGACGACUUUGACAGCGGCAUUCAGAAUCUGGAUCUCAUCCUCGUGGAAUUCUAUGCGCCUUGGUGUGGUCAUUGCAAACGCCUCGCCCCUGAGUACGAGGCAGCGGCCACACGUCUCAAAGGCAUCGUCCCUCUGGCCAAGGUUGACUGCACAGCUCACAGUAGUACUUGCAGCAAAUUCGGAGUCAACGGCUACCCAACCCUGAAGAUCUUCAGGAGCGGAGAAGUCUCGGGGCCCUAUGAUGGCCCCAGAUCUGCAGAUGGGAUUGUGAGUUUCCUGAAGAAGCAGGCCGGCCCCGCCUCUGUGGAGCUCACCACUGAGGGGGAUUUUGAGAAGUUCAUUGCAGACAAAGACGCCAGCGUUGUUGGCUUCUUUGCCGACAACAGUAGCCCAGCAUACACGGAAUUCCAGAAUGCCGCCAAGGACCUGAGGGAGAACUACCGCUUCGCCCACACCAGCGUGGAGGCACUCCUCAAGAGCCAAGGCGUGGACGGAGAAGGAGUCAUCCUGUUCCGCCCGCCCCGACUCAGCAAUAAAUUUGAAGACGGCUCGGUCAAAUUCAGCGGAGAGAAAUGCACCAAAAACACAAUCAAAACAUUUAUCAAGGACAGCGUCUUUGGCAUCUGCCCGCACAUGACUGACGACAACAAAGAUCAGCUGAGGGGGAAAGACCUGCUGGUGGCCUACUAUGAUGUGGAUUAUGACAAAAAUCCAAAAGGCUCCAACUACUGGAGGAACAGGGUGAUGAAGGUGGCCAAGAGCUUUUUGGACCAGGGCAAGGAGCUCCGUUUCGCCGUGGCCAGCAAGCAGUCGUUCAGCCACGACUUGUCGGAGUUCGGCCUGGACGCCCAAGGAGAGGUCCCCGUGGUGGCCAUGCGCACUGCUGGCGGAGACAAAUAUGUCAUGACCGAGGAGUUCACUCGCGACGGAAAAGCUCUGGAGAGCUUCCUGCGGGACUACUUUGACGGCAAACUGAAGCGCUACCUCAAGUCUGAGCCCAUCCCGGAGAACAACGACGGACCCGUCAAGAUUUUGGUGGCCGAGAACUUUGACGCCAUCGCGAACGACGACAGCAAAGACGCGCUUAUCGAGUUCUACGCUCCGUGGUGCGGUCACUGCAAGAGCCUGGAGCCCAAAUACACGGAGCUGGCAGAGAAGCUCGCCAACGAUCCCAACCUGGUCAUCGCCAAGAUGGACGCCACAGCCAAUGACGUGCCGUCACCUUAUGAAGUCAGCGGAUUCCCAACAAUCUACUUUGCGCCAGCUGGUAGUAAGAUGCAACCAAAGAAAUACGAGGGAGGCCGUGAGGUGAGCGACUUUAUCGCCUUCCUGAAGAGGGAAGCGUCCAACCCAGUGAUCGUGCAGGAGGAGCCCGAAAAGAAGAGGAUAUACGAAGGCGACCUAUAAGCAUAAAAGAAAAAAAAUCCCAAAGUGGGAACACGACAUCCUCGCUGCAAGUUAGAGAUUUUUUUUUUUUUUAUUGUUUAGGGGAAUCGACAGGAGAGGCGUAAAUUAUAUUCCACUGUCUUAGUGAACUACAAAAUGCUCUGAAGCCAAGUUGGCGGGGUCCCCUACCCAUACUGUGGAAGAAGUGGGGCUGUUUCUUUGGAAUAAAGAGGGGACCACUUUUUCAAAUUUUAGGAUUUUUUUGUUUCAAGUCCUGCAGCUUGAGCUGCGCGGCAUCCGACAUCACUCUUGUUUUUGUUUUAUUUGUUGUCACGGGGUGGGGGGGGGGCGUUAAUUGUGAAUGCCUUCUUUUUGGUUGUCUGUUUUUGUACAUUUGGAAGGAUUGUGAAAUAAAAAGGCCCCCACAAAAUC